AUGUCUACAUACCAGUACACUCAACUACCUGCCGGCUGUAUCCGCAUCCUUCGCCUUCAGCCGCAUCAAGAUAAACAAUCUACCAUCCGAUGUCAGCUCUCCUCUAUCGAGCUACGAGACUCAGAGGGUCUCUGCCUCUACGAAGCGCUUUCUUACGUAUGGGGCUCUCCAAAUAAGCCUCAUUCAAUUGACAUUGAGGGCUGCAGCCUCUCAGUUGGCACAAACCUUUACGCAGCUCUAUUACGUCUUCGACAUACCUCUCUUGAGCGUUUCCUAUGGGUAGAUGCCGUUUGUAUUAACCAAACGAACAUAACCGAAAAGGAACAGCAGAUCCAGCUGAUGGCUCAGAUCUAUGCCAAAGCACGUUCAGUCAUUGUUUGGCUUGGAGAAGCAACGACAGUUGGAAGCGAAGAUGCACUUGAGGAAAUCCGUGUCGCCGCGGCUAGUGCAUGCAAUGGGGUUGAAAUAAGCAAACCUGACGAAGAGCCAAUCUUGGAGAUCCUUAAGCUUCCCUGGUUCAAACGUGUUUGGGUACUUCAAGAAGUAGCUGCGGCGCGACACGUCUUAGUCAAGUUCGGUCGCGUGGAAAUAGAUGGAUAUGCUUUCUGCACUGGCAUUGGCGCGCUAGAGCUAUCCUACCAUGGCGAUCUAGAUUUACAGCUGUUGAUAAGCCCCGUGUUGUACCUGAUACGUAGGGCUAUCUUCCGUCCGAAGCAAAUAGCUGAAAGGUCGGUAAGAUUCUCACUUGACAUAUGCCCUUUAAGCGAGCUAGUGGGGAUGUAUCACAACCGUCAAGCCACAGAGCGUCACGAUAAGAUCUAUGCAUUAUUCGGCAUGUGCUCUGAUGACCUUGACGAUGCGGGAUUAUUGGUUGAUUACAAGAUUCCAUGGGAUCGGCUCCUCCAGAAACUCGUCAAUUACAUUCUUCCUCGUUGCUUAUCUGUGAGCACCUGGAACGAUAACCAGGUGGCCGUAAUCGUGACCUUGGCCCACGUUCUCGGAAAGGUUCAAUCGGUCGAGGCACGGGAAGAGAGCCAAAACGUCAUAAUAGAUUGGAAGACUCCACACAUGGAAUACCACGAGACAUCAUGUUGGAGUAUCAAGGCAUCAAGUAAGUCUGCAGAGGUCGGAGACAUUGUCUGCCUUUUCGAUGGGUGCUCAAUGCCUACUAUUAUCAGGCUAUGUGGCCUGAAUUGGGUUAUUGUCUUUAUCUCAAUCACCCCCCAGAUCAAACCUGCAGAAUAUCCUUCCAUGUACUUUGACACAUGGAAUUGGGCUAAUCUCGUUGAAUCGCUCGGCAAACCGUCUGCCAAAUUCGAACUAAUAUGGGAUUUGGAUAUGCAGCAAGACCAGGGGAACAGGCCUCCGUCAAAUGUCGCAGCCAUGUCGCCUACAACAACGAACUCCAUUCAACCGUCUAUGGCGAAAGAUGAUCGAGAGAGAGCAUACGUAUGGUUAAGAUAUAGGGAGAAAGAAUCCCUUUCUGAGAUUGAAUAUCGGCUGCGCGAGAUUGUUAACAAGCUGGACAUUGCCACCGCGAUUUCAGAGUUGGAUUUCCAUCUCUCAAGCGUCUAUUUUAAGGAAUCAAUACAUGCCCUACAGAGCAUUCUGACGGUAUGGGAGGCCUCCAAGGCAACAAAAGAAGUUCAAGACCUAAUGGUAAAGAAUGAACUGGAAAUUGACCAAAUUAUCGACGCCUUGCUCGGCGUAUGUGGCGGAUGGCUGCCGUUGAAUUGGGCAAUAGAUGACGGCGAUAUGGUAGUCGCCGGAUUGCUGCUGUUCUAUGCUAACCCUAACGCCGAACUUGGACAUGGUCUUACACCACUGGCAUGGGCAUCCGAAUCUGGAAAUGAUUUAGUUGUUAAGCUACUGAUAGACACUGGCAAGGUGGACCUGGAUUAUCAGAACAAGCAAGGCGAAACACCCUUGCUAUUAGCCGCCCGGCGGGGAUAUGAUACAGUGGUCAAGAAGCUACUUGAUACCGGCAACGUUGAUCCAAAUGCAAGUAAUGUCCGGGGAGACACGCCGCUAUUAGUGGCUAUCUACAGAAACCAUGUCGCAGUUGUCAAGUUGCUUUUGGAGACUGGUAAAGCUGAUCCAAAUGUCAAGAAAGAACACAGAAAGGCUAUUUAG